UCGCCUACGAUAGCCAUGCAGGCGAACUCGCUAUAUUUUUAUUUUUAUUAAUUAGUUUACAAUUACACUAGAUAUGGAACAGACCAAGGCUAAUUUGCCUAGACUUUUUGUGUGCACCGCUAUAGAAAACAAGGAUGAAAUAGAAGAGAGAUAUGAAAGGGCCUACAACUUUUUUCAAUCCCUUGUGGCGGACUGCAGCGAAAAGGAAGCUCACGAUGCAUUAAAUAAUGCCGUAUGUAAAAAUCAUGAAGACGUGUCACUUGGGAUGCUCAUGUCCAUUCUCACAGAGCCUCACAACGCCACAAAAUGUUACAGAGACCUUACGCUUAUCACACGAGAUGGGCUAACAUCUGUGCUUAACAAUCUGUCCAAUCUGAUUUUGGAAAGGUAUUUAAAGUUUCAAGACACCACCCGUAACCAACUUCUGUGGCUUGUUAAGGAAAUGAUAAGGAAUGCAGUUACUGGCGUUGACAGUGUUUGCUGGAACUUAAUGCGUUACGCCUCGGGAGGGGAUAUUACACAAAAAAAUAUUUACCUUGUAGAAUCUCUUUUAGACAUAUACAUAGAUAACCGAAUAUGGCUUGACAAAUUCCCUGUCCUUGUAUGUAUGGUAGUGUACACUUACUUGAGAUUAAUUGAAGAUCAUAACAUACCACAGCUGAUGGCACUAAGACAAAAAGAAGUAAACUUUGUCAUUGCCCUAAUAAGAGAGCAUUUUAAUGAAGUGUUAACCCUUGGUAGAGAUUUAGUGAGACUAUUACAAAAUGUUGCCCGUAUACCAGAAUUUAACCAACUAUGGCAGGAUAUUUUGCUCAACCCCAAAACAUUGUCUCCAACUUUCAUUAGCGUCAUGCAACUUCUACAAACAAGAACCUCCAGACGUUACCUACAAUCUAGAUUGACACCCGACAUGGAGAGAAAAUUAGUCUUUCUAACAUCCCAAGUAAGGUUUGGACAUCAUAAAAAGUACCAAGAAUGGUUUCAAAGACAAUACCUUGCUACACCAGAGUCUCAAUCACUACGUAGUGAUAUGAUCAGGUUUAUUGUAGGUGUCAUACAUCCUACCAAUGAAUUACUUUGUUCAGAUAUAAUUCCAAGAUGGGCUGUUAUUGGCUGGUUAUUAACAACUUGUACUUCAAAUGUUGCAGCAUCAAAUGCUAAACUGGCUCUAUUUUACGAUUGGCUCUUUUAUGACCCCGAAAAGGAUAAUAUUAUGAAUAUAGAACCAGCUAUUCUUGUGAUGCAUCACUCAAUGAGAUCACAUCCUGCUGUAACUGCAACUUUAUUAGACUUUCUUUGUCGAAUUAUUCCAAAUUUUUAUCCACCUUUUGCUGACAAAGUCAAACAAGGUAUUUUUAAUUCUCUGCAGCAAAUUAUUGAAAAAAGGGUGCUACCCAAUUUACAGCCUUUAUUUGACUCUCCAAAGUUGGAUAGAGAAUUACGCACAACUGUUAGAGAGACAUUUAAAGAGUUUUGCAGCAAUGGAAAUGGAGAAGGUGUUUCUGGUAUCCGUGAUGAGGGAAAUGAAGAUAUACCCAGAGGAGGUCCUGAUGAGCCCGCAUUCUCAGAUGAUGAAGAUGAUGCUCCUCCUCACAUUGCAGAGGACACUGAUGAUGAUGAUUUACCAUUAUCAGAAGUACGUGCAAGAGAAAGGCCAGAGUUGGCAGCAGCUUUACCGGUAAUUCUGCGGCCAUUUGCUGAAACCUUACUGGAUGAAAGAACAUCAGUAGCUGCAACUGCUUUAUUAGAUGCAUGUGGUAGUCCAUCACCCACCCCAACAGCACUUGCAGAUUUAUUUGUCGCAAUAUUGCAAGAAGCGCCACCAUUGAAGAUGAGUCGAUUCCCUUCACCAUCAGAGCUUGAGACAAUAUUGAACUCGCCAAUCUUCUCUAUGUUCCAUUAUUUAGUUCCUGGUAAUAGCACAGAGGGAAGACGUAAACUUGUACUAGAGACUUUAAAAGAAAUUUAUACCCAGGCUACAGUUCAGUGUGUGGGUUACUGUUUAUUGUUUUACUUAAAAGUAUGCUAUGAAAGAGAAAAGCGUGCCGAAAGAGAUCCAGCUAAAAAGAGGAAUGUCAAAUUUAAAGCAGUUGUAUACAGGGAAUAUUGUAGUUACCUUGAGUUGAAAGUUGCAGAGAGUUUAGCAGAUGACUUUGAGAAGUGUCAAGAAUCUGAUGCAAAUGUACUUGUGUGGUUAAUACCAGAUGUAUAUAGAGAGUAUAAGGAUCAAGUUCAGAAUCACAUCAGGUUGUUGCACAUAAUUGUUUCAACAUUGGACGCUGGACAGUUACAACGCCUUGUUUGUCUCACGUUACAAGGCAAUUUGAUGAUGUUUAAAUCUGAUGACAUAACAACUAUGCUGUCUACAAGUCUUAAUUGGGAGACGUUUGAACAAUACUGUCUUUGGCAACUUUUGACAGCACAUGAAAUUUCUGUUGAAGAUGUAUUGCCAAUAAUACCAAAACUGUCAUAUAAAGAGCAUGCUGAAGCAUUAACUUCAGUGCUUUUAAUGUUGAAGCAGGAGCGUCCAACUGCUGAUGUUGUAAGACAAAUGUUUUGUAGGACAGUGGACGAAGAGGACACAUUUGUUGUGUCCACAGUAAUGUAUUGGUGCCAGGACUUUGAGGACAAGGUUGGAGAUCUGCUCGCAGUUCUGUUAAGCACUCGCUAUCCGGGCACUAGUCCCAAUAAAAGAAAACGCCCUGGAAAGCAUAACAUUCCACCAAAUGCGCCACCUUCAGCGGAAUUAGUUUUAGGUCAUUUAGAACAAAUAAGAGUAUGCUGUGUUGAACAAGAUGAUAUGUCAAUUUUUAAUAUGGAGUGUUUGCAGAAAGCUUUACAACAAUCGCAGUCAAAUAGUAGUGAUAGUUUAAAGAGACAAUAUAGCGAAUUAUUUCUAUUGGCCUGGGAGGACGAACUACCCAUAUCAAGAAGAGCAAGGAAACUAGCGUCCAAUUCAUUACCGAUAAAUCCGAGCUUGCAUUCAUCUAAUGAAGAUAGUGAGGAAGAGGAAAUCGUCAAACCGAAACAAGCAAAACGUCGAAAGAAAGCUAUAUCGGAUAGCGAUUAACAUAUCUCAUCGUAAAACCAUGGUAAUUUUAAAACACCAAAGUGCAACUCAACAAUACAAUAAAUAUAAAUACAUAUGUGUAAAUCAUACUUAACUAUUGUUUGCUAUCUUUUUGUUUUAUUACGUUGGAAACAAAACGUUUUUAAUUAUGUGCUAAAAUCAACGAACAUGAAUACUAUUGUAAAAAUCGUAGAUAAACAAAAGGUGGCGAAGACAGGCGUUGGAGCCUUAGCAUUUAUACUCUGGACCUUCAAUAGAUUCAUUUAGGUAAUGAUAGUAUGGCAAUAGAUUUUGUCGGCUUGCCGCCUCUAGAAUCAGUUUGGGAACAUCCGGACUAUACAGUCUGAUCAAGACGGCACUACAGGACCAUUAUAUAUGAUGCAUAAAGUACACUGAAUAAAUAAUAUAAAUAUAAUUAUUCUCAAUAGGGUAUUUGAAUGUUUAUUUUCAUCAUUGCAAGUUAACAAUAAUAAUGUUCUUUAUUAAAAAAAACCAAAUAGCACCGUUCGCGGUCACGUGACCGUAAUGACGUCACACGUUUAAAGAAAUUUAAAAAUUGAUAGUAAACUGUAAUAUCGAUCUUUAAAAUGACUUCUGAGAAUUCUUUUGUUGCGUACAAAACACUUACGUUGUCGCAAGCUAUUAUGGUCUCUAAGUCACUAGUAAAAAAGUUUUUUCUAACUAUGGUAAUAAUACAUUGUUUAUUGUAUGAGUUUGGCGUAGAAAAAAAUAAAAACUAGUGAGAAAAAUUAUGCUUUAUUUUCUAGUUCAGUGAGCAGAAAUAAUAUUUAAAAAAAAAAUAAUUUUCAUGGAUAACACCAGUAGAAGUCAUAAUUUUUAAUACAAUCAAAUACCCUAUUACAAACUUUGACCUAAAAGGACAAGAUCCAUAAAAACAUACAAGUUGCAAAAGCGGUUAAAGCAACAAUCACUAUUUUAAAAUAAAUUAUUAGCGUUAUCUUAAUGUCCGUCGCAAGCUUACAAUGUAUUCAUAGGAAUGCAUUUAUGCAGGCAAAAGAUCUCUUUUAGAUCAGUUGCAGUUUCGUGUAUCACAUAAAUUGCAGUUAUUAUUUUGGUUUUAUUCAAUGUAAACUAACACCAUAUUACUUAAUACAAAUAAUAUUACUGUGUAAUAUUAUUGUUACAAUAUAAUAAUUUUGCCACAAUUAUGUUAGUAAACACUAAAGAUAUAAUAUUAUUAUACUUUGUUGUUUGAUAUAAAAUGAUGUUGCAGCGAAUGCAAUAUAUUGUAUAAAUUGAUAGUCUUGUGGCAUCACCAAGAUGAAAUGCACAAUAAUGUUAUCAAAAACUUUGGUGAUGGACAAAUGUUAUUUUAAGUAUGUUUUCACUGUAAAUUUCGUAUGUAGUAAAUAUUGUAUAAAUACCAUAUUGUUAUACUUUUUUUUUAUCCAUACAUACUAUGUGGGACUUAUUUUAAUUAUAAGGUACGAGACCAAGAAUUAUAUUCAAAAGAUAUAUUGUAUUGAUGCAAUUUUCGAAAUACAUUUUACACUAGGAUCAAUAAAGUAUUUCCCCUAACUAAUACUUUUA